CAACGGUCUGGUAUGACUUAGAAGAGUUCAGCUGUACGUAUAUGGUUUGUAUUGAACCCGCUACCGCACGCAGAGAGCUUAAUUUGACAUCAAAUCCGCAACCUCCCCUCGAAACAUCCGCCUUGCUGAAUAUUCAUUCACACCCAAGCUCUGCCAUCUACGAGACACAAACGGGAAGUCUUUGAAGAUGAGGAUGUCAGAUUCUCUACGAGUUUGAUUGUGGACCCUGGCAUCGGGAUUAACCUUUGCUUUUCAAGUCAUCUGUCAUUGCUUGAGUUAAAAGCCAUCGACCAGUCGAGGAGAACCGACAGACAAAAACACAAAGUUGGUCUGGAUUUGACCAUUUUAAACUAGCCGCUGUGUACGAACGAACGUCGUGUGUUUUGGAUCGACAAGCGAUAUGUGGUUCAAGAGCUUGACUCGUCUCUGCGUCGUCUUCUUAAUUCUAUUUGUGUUGCCUUCAAAAUGCGUUGUCUAUCCUUCGAUACAGUGGACGCCACGAAAUCCUUUAUUCCAGAUUCCCUUGCAUCAAAGAAUCCACAAUGUUCUUCCCAUGUCCAAAAUAAACAUCAUCUGCCCAAACCUGGCCAUGAACGUGGACACCGUCCUUGAUUACACGCCUAAGGAAUGGCUGUACGAGAAUCUUUGGAUCGUCUCCAAGAAAAGCUACCAUAAAUGCAACGCUUCAUCUCCCCGGACGGAUCGACUUUUGCUCAAGUGCGACACCCCCCUGAAUCUUAAAUACUACACGGUGGUGUUUCAACAGUACAGCGCUACGCUGCAGGGGCUGGAAUUCCCGGUCGGCGAAGAGUAUUAUUUUAUAGCAACGUCGGAUGGCACCCRAGCGUCGCUGGAUAAUCGAGCAGGAGGCAACUGUGCUCGAGGAAGCAUGAAAAUGAAGUUUUAUGUCUGUAAAAAUGACCAAGAUCCAAAGUGUAACCAACCAACCACCACCCAACCAAACGCUUCAGCAAUAAAGCCCCCAAUUAUCACCACAAACGUCAUAACUACCKAUAGAAAACAAACAACACACAUAAAAACUAGACCAAAACCAACCCCGAAACAAGUGGUCACCAGUUCACCCACUCAGCCAAUCUCGACCGAGGAGAACAAGGCAUUACAGAGUGACGAUCCAAGAGAAACUUUGGAGCCUACACUUAGCACACAUACUACGGCAUCAGUUCCUGUUAUGACGUCAGAACCAAGAUCGGAAGUGCGGAUGAUAACACAGGAGGAAUGUUUGCAUGAUCAUGGUCUGCAAACGAGCUGGAACGUCGUCAUACCUCUUCUCGUCAUCAUCGUCGUACUUGUCAUCAUGAACAGUUUCGUGAUUUGCCGGCUAAGGCAACUGCAUCCCAUGGCCAAAAAUCCUCUCGAAGAAGAUGGCCAUUUUAACCCGAAGAAACAAUCUUUUAGUUAUUUCGAAAAAGAAGAAAAGAAAACUUCGAUUCCUGUGAGUGUGUGAGCUUUAAAUACGCCAUAGUAGAUUUAUUAGAAUGGAGAAGAUGGUGGCAUGUUCCGAGAGAGAUACUGGAUCGAUGCAUGAAAGGAUGGAGCUAUGAUGGUGGCGCUUCAUGAAGGAGAAGUGGAGAUUUUGAACGCAAAAAUUAUUAUUUAUGAAAGUUAAGGCAAAGCUUGUGUCAUAUGAGGGAGAACUACGAGUCCCAUGAUGCAGUGCGUGGACAACUAGAGUCGAGAAUGGAGGAAAUAGGAAAUAAUGAAUCAAGAGACGGGCAAUUUAGUAAUGAAUUACAACAGCGAGGAUGUUUACUUUAGACUACCUGUCCCAUGUUGCAUUGCACAUUUUGAAUCAACCGAUUGUGGAUUAAGAUAAACUGCAUACGAAAGAAAGUGAUCAAAUGAAAAAAACAAAGAUAAAGUCGCGGUGAAGGACGUUUGGUUGGAGCCAGGACUACAAGUUCCAUAAUGCAUUGCGCGAACCAUCUUGAAUCAAAAAUGAGAUCGAAAAAUAAGGAGGAUGAACACUCAUGGUAUACGUUCAGCGUAAGGACUACAACUCCCAUGAUACCUUGCGUGGUCCAUAUCGUUUUUCUAUCUAAAAUUCGUGUUGACCUUAACACUGGGAUUGGGACUCCCGAAAUACUUCGAAGGUAACUCAACAAACUGCUAUAUGGAAAAAGAUGAUGGAAACUUGACAAUAAAUUUGAACCUGAAAUUAACAAUACAGGUUUGAAUACACUAUUUUGACAUUCGAUGCAUACCGCUGUUUUUGAAGACUACAGACUCAUUUGCACAGGCUUUGCCUCGUUUAUAAGUCAGCCAUACAUAGAUACCAUUAAAAGUCCAUGGGAUUUCAAAACAUUGAUAUUGUUCAAGCUGCACAUUCUUUACAUUACAGUUGACAUUGGAAAAUUGCUCUUAAACGAGACUAAGUUUGUCCAGAUGAGUCCUUUAGUCAUAAAACACAGCGGUAUUUACUGAAUGAGAAAAGAGAAUUUGCCAUGGUUAUGACUGACUACCUAAUAUGGAAUUGUGUAUUACGUCACACGUUACUUGGCCAAUCACGUUCAAAAAAGUCCAUACACUAACAUASUGUUACUAAGCAUGCGCAGAAGACUUAAGUUGUCCGAUUUAAUAUAUAUAUAAUAGAUAACAUGCUCUAACUGAUUUUGUCAGUUUUUAAAAUAUGCCAAUCUUUAAAACGUUUAAUUCUUUUUAGGCGACUAACUUUUACUUUGCGACCAACCUCUAUUAAGCGACCAACCUCUAUUA